AUGGGUUUCCUUCCCCUAUAUAAACCUGACGACCUUGAUUUUUUCAAUCUUAUCAUUUUUUCAAUGUUUGUAGGUAACAUUUCAUCCUUCGCGGUAUUCCUAGCUCCAUUACCGACUUUCAUCCGAAUUUGCAAGAAGAAAUCAACAGAAGGUUUCCAAUCAAUCCCAUACGUGGUUUCACUCUUCAGUGCCAUGCUUUGGAUUUACUAUGCCUUUGUCAAAUCUGGAGCUUUCCUUCUCAUCACCAUUAACUCCUUCGGCUGUGUCGCGGAGACCAUUUACAUUGCCAUCUAUAUUGCUUAUGCACCAAAGCAAUCCAGGAUGUAUACAUUGAGGAUGCUUCUAUUGCUGGACUGCGGGGCAUUUUUUUCGAUUCUUCUUCUCAUACAAUUCCUAACAAAAGGAUCGAAUCGAGUCGAAUUUCUCGGAUGGAUCUGUGUCGUAUUUUCUAUAAGUGUGUUUGCAGCACCUCUUAGCAUCAUGAGGCAAGUCAUAAUCACCAAAAGUGUGGAGUUCAUGCCAUUUCAUUUAUCUUUGAUGCUCACCUUUAGUGCUAUCGCGUGGCUUUUAUAUGGCAUCUUCCUUAAGGAUUUGCAUAUUGCGAUCCCAAAUGUUCUGGGGCUGGUCUUUGGGAUACUUCAGAUGGUGCUGUAUGCAAUAUACAGGAAAUACAAGACAGUGGUAAUCGAGGAGGUUAAGGUACCGCAACAUACGAUCGAUGUGACAAAAUUGGAUGCGGCUGUGGAUUUUGAUGUCGAGGAAAUCAGUUCAUCAGAGCGGCGGAUCCAUGAUCAUCAUCAUCAUGAAACGAUUGUAAACAGCUGUAAAUUACAAAAUCAAUCUCAUGAUGAUGAUGAUGAUCAAAGGGAUCAGAAAAUCUUGGAGUUGCCUAACUCAAACCAGAUGCUGGGAACAUGUGAAGCUUGA